AUGGCACGCACCAAACAAACCGCUCGGAAGUCCACUGGUGGUCGCGCCCCCCGCCUCCAACUGGCUAAGAAAGCGGCCAAAAAAUGGCAGCAAUCGCUGACCCCGCUUCACCGCGCUGCCAUUAGCGGGAAUGUUGGGAUCCUGAGGGCUCUGCUUAUCAAUGGAUCGGCUGACGUAGAAAAGAAGGACAACAGUGGCCAAACGCCCCUUCAUCAUGCCGUUAAAAACGGCCAUCUUGGAGCUGUCGCACUUCUUCUAACCCAUGAUGCAUCAGUAUCAUCACCAAACAUGGAGUUUUUCACGCCUCUGACUUUUGCAGUCACUCACGACCAACUGGAAAUCUUCAACCUUUUACUGGAGAACGGAGCUUCGAUAUCAACUUUAUGCUUAGGUAACCGCACACUAUUGCAUUGCGCUGCACAAAAUGGCCAUAGUAGGAUUUCAAAUAUUUUACUGCAAAAGGGUUUAUCUAUUCGUGAUCAAGACAAUGACCAUCGGGUCGCCUUGGACUAUGCUGUCUAUAACCAACACUGGGACCUCGCCAAAUUGCUAUUGAAGGAGGGCUGGACUCGAUGGGUCUCGGCCCAAUCGCGAUACGAAGACGGAAAAAAUCCCCAUCCUGUGGCUCCUGAUUAUGACGUCGUUGUCUCGCAAAUGGAAAGAGAAUCUGGAGUUGUUCGCCAGAAUUCCUUGGCUAUGGCUGCACGUCUGGGCAGGGACGAUCUCAUACAUCGAUUGUUGGAAGAACACGGCUGCCAUGUAGAUGGUGUCUCUGGAGAACAUAGUCCAUUGUACUUUGCUGUGGAAGGCGGACACCAUAAAUGUGUCGAGGUCCUUCUAUCGGCUGGUGCUGUCAACAACAAGACUAUCGGGCCAGGUACCUCGCCGCUGGACUGCGCCGUGCGGCUCCACCACCACGACAUUACGGCCACCUUGAUACGCGCGGGGAUAGUUCCUUGGGCUGAGAUCAGCAUUAGCAGUCCCUACAGCCAGGUUCUUCCACUACUAGCGAAGCGAGAGCCUACUGAGGUGGCACAGCUUCUGUCACAUACCACUACGCUCGACAGUCUGUCCAUGUGGCUUGUUGAGAUUGCCAGGUUCAAGCUCGUAAGCAUUUUAAAAGAGUACUUUCGUACUGUCCUACCUAUCGUCCAAGGGAAAUAUGUAAACCAGCCCAUCACGCUACCAAUCCCCAAGCUCGUCUGGCACUUUAUGCAGAGUCAGAGAACUAUGACGAUGGGAACGAGAUCGCAGACGAGAGAGGCAAACGCCAAUCACAUCAGGAACUUGCAAGACGCUACCGUCACUGCACUGGAUAGUAGCUUUGAUGCCGUCUUCUUUCUCGUCAGUGUUAUUGAACCUGCAAUUCUGAACAUGGUCCUUACCAGCGACCCUGCCAUACGGAGGAAAGCUUGGGAAAGGCUUCCAUCAAAGCUCAACUGUCAGACUGACAAAGACCUAAUUGCCUGUCUCGCUAGAGCGGGGUUUACACUGCCUCCACCACCUCCACCACCUCCACCGUUUCUACCAUCUAUACACUCUCUUUAUGAUGCUUGCGAGGCCGGGUCUAUAACCAAAGCACAAAGGUUCUUACAAAAAAGGCCCGAGAGUGUUAACAUCCUGGGACCUCGAAAUCGAGCUCCCUUACAUGCAGCCGCGCAGCAGGGCCACCUAGAAAUAGUGAAGCUACUUAUAGACUACGGUGCAGACUUGAAGGCUACAACUUUCUUUGGCAGCACAGCAGAGAAACUUGCAGAGAAGUAUCAUCAGACAGCAGUUACAGCAUUCUUGAAAGCAGCUCGGACAUCACAGGACGAGGGAUCAAAGAGAAGUAUAUAA